AUCAAAAGAAGAAGAAAACAAAGAAGGAGAGCUUAAAAGUUAGCAGUCAGCUUUUUAAAUGUCCUAAAUAACUAACAAAGAGCUAAUUAUUUUAGGUAAUAUAUUCUGUAACAAGGCAGAAAAGGUGUUAAGGAUGUGACUAUACAACCCUUUUUUUCAGAAGAAGAUUCUUGUUAGUAUUUUUCUAAUUUAGUAACGGACGUUAAACAGACGUUAGCUUUGUUGUUGUGUUGCUGUAGUAGUUGUUGUCAUUACGUUAACGGUUGAGUUCGAGUUCGUCACAAACGUCUCACAAGCCGUUAAAAAAUCGUCUAUAGAAACUUGUUUGGUCCAGUAAUAUUGUAAAAAUGGACGAUUCCUCCGUGAUAAACAGAGCCGGUGGAGCAGAUAAAUGCUAUAUCUGCCUCAGCCCCUUUGGAAAGCAAACAGUGGCUUCUCUGGAGAAAUGCCAGCAUGUAUUUUGCCUUAAAUGUAUUCUGCAAUGGUCCCAGACAGCCAACACCUGCCCCGUGGAUCGGAUCAAUUUUGGUUUUAUCUACCAGAGACGGUGUCCUGGAGGGGACAUUCAAAAGAAGAUAAAAGUGAGGACAAAGAAAAGGAGAGAAGAAGAUGAUGAUGAGGAGGAGGAGAGCCCUGCUGUUAUCUGUGAGGAAUGUGGACGCAGCGACCGCAGGCACCGGCUGCUGGUGUGCAUUCACUGUGACUCAGGGUAUCAUAUGGACUGCUUGACGCCACGUUUAAACACAGUUCAUGCAGGCGACUGGAUUUGUGCUGAGUGUGCGGUCACUCCCCAACAUACAGAGGGCUCCGUGGUGGAGGGGGAGAUCAGUGAUGGAGAGCUAUCAGACCUCCUAGCUGAAGCAGAUGAAUCCGAAUCGACCAGCAGUCGUCUUCGGCCGUCCGCCAUAAAUCUCCCCAGCAGCUCCACUGAACGACGACACAGCGACAGGAUCCAGAGCAGAGCCGAUCCUCUUCCUCUGCAACAAACCUCCUGGCAUGUACCUAAAUAUCUGUUACGGGCUUCAAAGGCUGCCGUCACAACAGAAGAAGAAGCUGCUCUUCACAGUGAAACCAGCAGUGCUUCAGCCAAGUUAAACGCAAGAAAAAGAAAGAAGCGUGCAACUUGAGCUCCUGAGAUCAAGAAGGGUUGACUUGGACUGUCAGAAAUGACCACAUGAUGGCAGCAUUGUGUCCCAAACAUAAACUGACCAAAACCUCA